AUGAAUACUACAAGAUCGCGAGUGGUCUGCAUUGGUGGGACAGACUCCGAGUCCAAUAUGUAUAAUUCGGUCCCUGAUGCUGGUCUCACUGCCUCGAAUGCCAAAUUACUGGCGUUGACACAGCUCGUAUUCUCCGCACCGUUUGGUUUGUGUUUUCAAAUCUACCUGCAACUUGGCUUUAUCGACCCGGGUGCAGAUGAUCCCUACGGUUUUUAA